AUGACCUACAUAGUGGAUAGGACUGUCUACAAGAACUCCAAUGUCACCAUAUCGAAGCGACUACCUCCUGUUUAUGGAUCGCCACUUGUUGUUGACAACCAGUUUCCUUUGGCACAGUUUUCACGUAUAUACAAUAACCUUAUGGCCUAUUUAAAGACAGCCAAACUCAACUUCGAGCUUACGAGCGAUGAAUGGCAGAUGGUAAUGAGAAUUAACUAUCUCGAUGAAGAAACCAAAAUGACUGUUUCCAUAUUGAAUGGAUGUAUAAAACGAAACCAGAGUGUAUAUCUAUCAGAUUUUUCCUUUCUAGAGCAUUAUAUCAUUCUGAUGAAGUUCAUAUACAAGUUGAGUGAGUCUUUCGACCCAUUAAUCCCUCAGGAGGCACUGGUUGGCACAGAAGUCGACUAUGAUAAUGUUGAGGAGCUCAAUACCUUGUUCAAUGACAUAUUAAUAUACCAAAAUGCCAAAAGGAUUGCAGGCGAGGUAACGGACGGACAAUAUGAUAACUCGUACAUUAUAAUCAAAGUGUUCAAGUUCUUUCAUGCGUUAUUGGAGAAGUUGAACGACGAGGUUCAUCUUUUUGAAGACUACACAAAACAUCCUGAGACGGUAAGAAGAAGACAGAUUCUCCGACUGAUUUUAGCGUACACCAAGGUUCUGUUCGAUGAUAAUCCAGAGAUCAACGAUCCAGAUGAGGUCGGUUUUGAUAACCUAUUCAAGUUCGUUCAUGCAGUAAUGAGGCAUUAUAAUAAAAUCAGAGUCUUUGGAACUGAUAGUGGCAUGGAAGAGUUCAAUAACUAUAUUACGGUCAGCGACUUUCUGGCAUUUGAGAGCUUCAAAAGUAAUGUUUUGAAUGCUCUUCUAAAAGGGGAGGAAGAAGCAUCAAAAGAAGAAGAUACUUUAUUCAUUAAAGAACUUCCAAGAUUACCGACUAGGCCUAUUAUACCCUCGCAUAAUCACUCUUCCAGGAGACCACCACCGCCAUCUUCACCAACGGUGAUUCAGCCAACGCCAGCAGUGCCAACAACUGCCUUAUCGGAAGUGAUUCUACUUCCAGAAAAUUUUAGAGUUAGCCUAAAGACCAGAAAACCGAUUAGACGAGAGAAUUCCAAGAAGAACAAGAGUUUACCUAGAAGAUGGAUAAAUGAGCUGGUGAAACCAUCGGACCAACUCACCUCUGAGUUAAUUAAAUACACAGAAAAGGAUUUAAUAGUACAGAAGGAACGCAGUAAACCUUCGUCCAACGAUCUAUCCACAGCCACCAAGACCAUCAAAGGCCGUAAAGUUAGUUUACUGGCACGGAUCUACGAGGAAAAGCUCUUUGGAGAAAAUUAUAUCUAUUAA